UCUCUAAAUUAUUUAUUAUUAAGUCGCUCCUUUGUCACGGUGAGAACAACGAAGAAUCGAGCGAGAGAGAGAUGGGAGGAGAAGAAACAGUAGUACAUCGAGGCUCGCUCGCUGCUCCUCUAAUCUUCAUGAUUGUCAUCAGCUUCCAGCUCCUCUCCAGGUGGCUCGAAUACUUACAAAAGAAAGGAUCCAAGAGUGCAGUGGUAAUCCAGUUGCGUGGAGAGAUAAAACAACUACUGAAAGAAGCGAGCUCCUUGUCACAGCCAUCAACAUUCGCACAAGCUGCAAAACUUAGGAGGUCAGCAACUGCCAAGGAGAAGGAACUUGCAAAUUAUCAAGAAUCACAGAGCAAGGAAAUGAAAAUGUCAUAUGAUUUGUAUCUGAAAGUUCUAUUUCUUACUAAGGUUUUGACAUAUUUUGUGCUCAUUUUCUGGUUUUGGAGGGUUCCCGUUGCCUCUAUAUCUCAGCAACUUGUGCAACCCUUUGGUAAUUGCUUCUUUUUUUUGGAUGAAUUUUGGGAGGAUGUUAUCUUGGAGAGCUGGAGCUACCUUAAACAACAAUGUUAUGGUUGGGAUAAUACCUUGGUUAAUAAUAUCUACCAGAGUAAGCAAACUUGUUUGCCGACUCUCCAAGUAGAAAAAGGAUACUGGUGAUUGCUAUCCUCUCACUCAGAAAUUGUAUAUAAUUUUUGUUUUCUGAAUUUCAAGGAAGAAAAACAAUUUCAUAACCA